GAAAGAGACAAAGGAGUGUGCGAGAGAGAGUAAGAGAAGAGUGGGAGCGAGAGAUUGAGGCAAACAAGGACGCUGUAUUGACGUGUUGAGAGGGAGGGAGUGAGAGAGCGAGAGAGAGAGAGAGAGAGCGAAGUAGGGUAGACACAGAGAGGAUGUUUCCACUUGUGGGGGAGCCCAACCCCGGGGGCCAAAGGUAUCAAAUGGUCACCAAAAAAUCAAAUAGGGAAGUCAGAAGGAACUUCUUUACUCAGAGACUGGUGUACCGCAAGGAGUAAUUGAGGCGAACGGUAGAAGAGAAGAGAAGGGAGAAAGGAUUGUGUGAGUGUGUGAGAGAGAGAGAGAGAGAGAGAGCGAAGAGAGCGGGAGGGAGGGAGGGAUGGAGAGAGAGGGGGAAGCGAACAAGGACACGAAAUGGAACGAUUUUACUGGUGGGACAGAGAGAGCGAUUUGGAGCACUCGCAAGCCUCAGAGACAGCCAGAGAGAGCACACAGGCCCCUGGGAUGUCUACAGGCCCAGACUCUGGCCUCGCCCCGGGGAAGGGACAGGCAGCCGAGCUGAUCCGCAGGAGCAAGGAAGCCAAGGGGUUUGCCUACUGCCCUUACAGCAAGUUCCGUGUGGGAGCUGCCUUGCUGACCAGCGCGGGCAAAGUAUUCACCGGCUGCAAUGUAGAGAACGCAUCCUCCAACCUGGGAAUCUGUGCUGAGAGAGCAGCCAUACAGAAGGCGGUUUCAGAAGGUCACUUAAACUUCGAGGCGAUUGCCAUCGCAAGUGACUUGAAGGAUCAGUUUAUCUUUCCGUGCGGAGCCUGUAGACAAGUCAUGAGAGAGUUUGGAACUGAUUGGGUUGUUUACCUGUCGGCACCAGAUGGCACAUACAAAGAGAUGACGGUUGAAAAUCUUUUGCCGAUGUCUUUCGGACCGGACGACCUGAAAAAGAGCAAAGUGACAGAAGACAAUUAACUGUGUGUGUGUGUGUCCAUCUAUGUGACUGCGUGUUUGUGUGUUUAU